GCGGGAUUUAUUGGAACACUGCAGGGACGAAAACAACUGUCCCAAGCUUUUCUUCUGCUUGGUUAGAGAAGUUACUCCGCCAUGCUUCGUACCGCGCUCACACGGAUCGCCCCGCGUUUCUCACGCAUCUCCGCGUGCAGGUUCUCCGCUGCAGCAAUUCCUGCACCAAACCCUCAGCCCGAGGUUAACUUCAACCAGAUCUUCAUUAACAAUGAGUGGCACGAUGCAGUGAGUAAGAAAACCUUUCCAACCAUCAAUCCUGCCACUGGUGAAGUCAUCUGCCAGGUUGCAGAAGGUGAUAAGGUAGAUGUGGAUAAAGCAGUCAAGGCUGCGAAGGACGCGUUCAGGCUCGGUUCUCCAUGGCGACGCAUGGAUGCCUCUCAGCGUGGACUCCUCCUGUACCGCCUGGCUGAUUGCAUCGAGAGGGACUCCGCCUACCUGGCAGCGCUGGAAACUUUGGACAAUGGCAAGCCAUAUGCCGUGGCCUACACCGUCGAUUUGCCCAUGGUGGUCAAAUGUUUGAGGUAUUAUGCUGGCUGGGCUGAUAAAUGGGAGGGCAAGACCAUUCCGAUCGAUGGUGAUUUCUUCUGCUAUACUCGGCAUGAGCCCAUUGGCGUAUGUGGGCAGAUUAUUCCUUGGAAUUUUCCUUUACUGAUGCAAGCAUGGAAACUGGGACCUGCACUGGCUACAGGCAACACUGUAGUAAUGAAGGUGGCAGAGCAGACACCUCUCACUGCACUCUAUGUGGCCGGCCUGAUCAAGGAGGUGGGCUUUCCCCCUGGUGUUGUAAACAUCAUUCCUGGAAUGGGUCCUACAGCUGGGGCAGCCAUCGCUUCCCACCCUGAUGUGGAUAAAAUUGCCUUCACUGGCUCCACUGAGGUAGGCCACCUAAUUCAGCAAGCAUCUGGCACCAGCAAUCUAAAGAGGGUAACUCUGGAACUAGGAGGAAAGAGUCCCAAUAUCAUUCUAUCUGAUGCCAACAUGGAACAAGCAGUGGACCACUCCCAAAUUGCCAUCUUCUUCAACCAGGGUCAGUGCUGCUGCGCAGGCUCACGCACCUAUGUACAUGAAAGCGUCUAUGAUGAGUUUGUUGAGCGCAGUGUGGACAAAGCGACAAAGAGAGUGGUGGGAAAUCCAUUUAACCUUCAAACUGAGCACGGACCGCAGAUUGAUGAUGAGCAGUACAGGAAGAUUCUGGGCUACAUCAGCAGCGGGAAACGUGAGGGAGCAAAGCUCAUGUGUGGAGGUGAUGUGGCAGGAGACCGUGGUUACUUUAUCCAGCCUACCAUCUUUGGAGAUGUCCAGGAUGACAUGACGAUUGCUCGUGAAGAGAUCUUUGGUCCAGUUAUGCAAAUUUUUAAGUUUAAGACCAUAGAAGAGGUUAUCGAGAGAGCCAAUGACACAAAGUAUGGCCUGGCAGCAGCCGUCUUCACCACAGACAUCGGCAAGGCCCAGUACAUCUCGAACAGUCUUCGUGCUGGAACUGUCUGGAUUAACUGCUACAAUGUGUUUGGAGUUCAGGCUCCAUUUGGUGGCUACAAGGCCUCAGGGAAUGGUCGAGAACUGGGAGAGUACGGCUUGGAAGCCUACACCGAAGUCAAAACCGUAUCAAUUCAGAUUCCCCAGAAAAAUUCGUAAGCACCUAGAGGGAACCAGGAGGAACCGGAGAGUUCAAAAACAGCAUACAAGUUCAAGACCCCUUGAGUACUUUUUCUAUACGACUUCCAAAGCCAUUCUGUAUUAAAACCAUAAAAAAGAUAAAUAUUAAAAAUAUAAAUGUUAUAAGCACUUAUAUAUUAUUCUUUUGUUCCAUUCUAGUAAUGACCUGGCAUUGUACGAUACCCAGUUUUUCAGCAAUAAAUGCUUCAAAGCUUC